UCUCCAUUUUUUUUUUCGUCGAGAGAGCUACAAUUGUUCAGUUUCCCUGGCGGGGAUGGAUGCACUGACAUGCUUGUUUAAUUCGUGUUACGUUGCUCCCCGGUUUUUACGCCAAUUUAUUUGUUCAUAUUGGUUUUAGUGCAAUCAAGAAGUUAAACAUUAUUGUUCUGUGUGCAACUUUUAUUUGUAAAAUCCAUUUAUAAAAAGUGACAUCGAUCCUCAUCAUGGAGCCAGUGACGUUUUCUCCUCCGCUUUACAAACAGAGGUACCAGUUUGUAAUCGACCUUGUUAAAAAGUACAAGCCAAAAAAGGUGGUAGACCUGGGUUGUGCUGAUUGCACCCUUUUAUGGAAACUGAAAUUCCAGACUUGUAUUGAAGAGCUUGCUGGAGUGGAUAUCAAUAGGGCUGUCAUCACAGAGAAAAUGUAUAGACUAUCCCCCCUUCCUUGUGAGUACCUGCAACCCAGUGAACGGCCAUUAACAAUAAAGUUGUACCAGGGAUCUGUUGCUGAAAAGGACCCUUGCACACUGGGUUUUGAUUUAGCAUCCUGCAUUGAGCUGAUUGAGCACUUGGAGACUCCAGUGUUGGAGAAGUUUUCAGAGGUGUUGUUUGGCUACAUGACCCCAGCCAUAGUAAUUGUAAGCACCCCCAAUGCAGAAUUUAACCGCUUGCUGCCAGGAUUAAAUGGGUUUAGACACAAGGACCAUAAGUUCGAAUGGACCAAGGAGGAGUUUCAGAACUGGGCACAAGAUGUUUGCAGUUCUUACAAUUACACUGUGGAGUUCACAGGGGUUGGCAAAGGACCGCCUGGCACAGAGGAUGUGGGGUUCUGUACCCAAUGUGGAGUGUUUACCAGGAGCUACCCAAGUGAGGGUUCAUUCACUGCAGAUUCUUGCAGGGACACAGAACAUUCUUACAAAUCUAUAUAUAAUGUGGUGUACCCCAAUCUGUGUGAUGGCACCAUUCUUCGAAACACUGUGAUCAGUGAAGUCAUUUACUGGGCAGAAAGCAUUAGGAAAAAUAUGCUGGAAUACUCCCAGGAAGAUGAAACAGUGGAUGACAACCAUUCCUACCAAGCUUCAAGCAAAAGUUUUCCAUCUGUCAGCAACAUUUCACAAGAGACUUGUAGUACUGAGAAACAAGCCCUGUCUGAUACAAGGGGAGAUAAUGAAGCAUAUAAGGAGGAAAAUACUAUUUCCAUUCCUUUGGCUAAACUGUUUUCUUUCUCUAGAGUGCAAAAGCUCUGUGGCUCUUUGGAUCGUCUCAAAGGAAUACUGUCUGAAACAUCCCAAGUUGAACUCAACAGUGACUCUACAGCUAUGAUACUGUCUGCUGCUGAGGAUAUUGAGGAACAGUCUGAAGCAUGCUGGGAUACAAGCUGUUUGGAAUUAGGGGAUCCCCUUGCUGUGUGUGUGGAAGACUGGGAUGAAGAGCUUUGUGACAGCUAAGGAAGUAGAGGGUGGAUUCUGUUUUUCAGUUGCUGUAAAAUUGUUAAAUAUUGUUUGUUGCUACAACAAUAGUGAAACUUGCAUAUAACUACCACUAAGUGUUCUUUAAGUAUGCAGGUAUAAUGUGAAAUAAAGAUGUACAGUUAUUCAUAGCUGAUCACUCCAGCAAGGAAUGGGAGAUGAAACUGGCAAAUCAUUUUGGAGCAGGUCACUUUGAGAGAGACAAGCUGCACUGCAGCAUAAGGUGUUAUCUUGAUAAUACAGAGAUUUAAACAGCUCUGUAACAGUUCAAUGGUAUUUAUUUUUAAAUGCAUUGUUUGUUUGUUUUUUUACUUUGAUAUACACUAGUGUAGAAAACAAAUAAUUACUAACAAACCAAGCCGUUUUAGAGGUAUAUGUUUUUGAACCGGUAAUGAGAAUAUUAACCCUUUAAAUCCCUGCUGGUGUGAAACAAAGGAUACAAUACUGCCCCUGUAGCAUUGUGUACAGCCUUACAUACACAAUACAUUAUAAGUCACCGAUCCGAUCUUUAAUUUUGGGUUUGGUACAAAGAAACGUUCAGCAUUAUUUCCUAGAAUAUACAUGGCUCUGAUUCUUGUUAUUUAACUUAAAAUUAGGACCAUUGUCUCUUCGUAUUUUAUGAACACCCUUUUGCCCCCAUCUUUGCUUCUUUGGGAAAUCGAUUAACACUUUUUUGGGGAUCAUAUAGAGAAACAAACACACAACAAUGCAACGUAAUAUUUCUCUCAGACUAACAUAACUCCACAGCAGUUUGACGGCUGCCGGAAGCUGACAGCUGCACAGGAAGCCUAGUUUUGGGUCUGCCGUGAAUAAAGUCUAUUGACUGCUUUUAAGGGUUAGUUCGAUGUUUCUUUGAAUCAACCUGGCUUAGUUUGACUUUGCCACAAGAAUCCCGUUUUUUUUUUCUUCGGCAACCUGGCUUGCCUCUGUUCUGAUUUGUAU